AUGGUUCUGGACAUCACCAGCUUCCGCGAACAGGAGGACCCUGACGUCCUCGGCCCUGAUGGCGUGCGCGAGAUUCAGCGCAAGCGCUUCAAGGAUGUGAAAGUCGUGGACACCAUCAUCGCCAUCGAUGAGCAGUGGCGUCAAUGCACGUUUGUCACUGACAAGCUCAACGCGGCCAAGAAUGUCUGCUCCAACACCAUUCGCGACAAGAUGAAGGCCAAGGAGGGCCAGGGCGACACGGACGAGAUCCCGCAGAGCAUCCACGACCUCAUCAAGCAGCUCACCACCAACAAGGCCUCCCUCGACGAUGUCAAGGCGGCGCUCGCGGAGCUGUGUGUGAAGCAGGUGAAGAACCUCAGCAGCCACAUCGACGUCCUCAAGGCCGACAACAAGAAGGCGAUGGAAAAGCACGAUGCUGACCGACAGGAGCUGCUUCGCUCUGUCGGCAACGAGCUGCACGAGUCUGUUCCCGUCCACAGCGACGAGGAGCACAACGCAAUUGUCCGCACCGUCGGCAAGGCUGCCCGCGAGCACUCGAGGAAGAAGUACUCGCACGUUGAUCUGAUUGUGAUGAUUGACGGCGUUGAUUCUGAGCGUGGCGUCAACGCUGCCGGCGGCAGGUGCUACUACCUGCGCGGGCCGGGCGUGUGCCUGGAGAUGGCGCUGGUGUCGUACGCGCUGCAGUUUCUCAUGGCCCGCAAGUUCACCGCACUCUCCCCGCCCCUCUUCAUGCGCAAGGACGCAAUGCAGAAGGUGGCGCAGCUGAGCCAGUUUGACGAGGAGCUGUACAAGGUGACGGGCAAGGCCUCUGAGAUCCAGGGCGACACCGCUGUUGAGGAGAAGUACCUCAUUGCCACCGCCGAGCAGCCCAUCGCCGCCUACCACCAGGAGGAAACAAUCGUCCCAAAGGAUGUGCCGCUGCGGUAUGUGGGUGUGUCGGAGUGCUUCCGGCAGGAGGUUGGCUCCCACGGCCGCGACACCACCGGCAUCUUCCGCGUCCACCAGUUCAAGAAGAUCGAGCAGUUUGUGAUCACGUCCCCGCAUGACGGCGAGUCGUGGAAGAUGAUGGACGAAAUGCUCACAAACGCAGAGGACUUUCUCAAAUCCCUUGGGCUCCCGUACCAGGUUGUGAACAUUGUCUCUGGUGCGCUGAACCUGGCGGCCGCGAAGAAGCUUGACAUUGAGGCGUGGUUCCCCGGCAGCGGCGCGUUCCGUGAGCUGGUGUCGUGCUCCAACUGCACGGACUACCAGGCCCGGCGCCUCAACAUCCGCUACGGCCAGAAGAAGAUGAACGCCCGCACCGAACACGUCCACAUGCUCAACAGCACGCUGUGCGCGACGACGCGGACCAUCUGCUGCAUCCUGGAGAACUUCCAGGUCGGCGACCUCGAGAGCAACGGCGGCAUUGUUGUGCCGGAGGUGCUGCGCCCCUUCAUGCCGGACCAGUACAAGGAGUUUAUCCCCUUUGUCAAGCCCGCUCCAAUCGACGAGGAGGCCGCAAAGGAGGCAGCCAAGAAGGAGGCAGCCGAGAAGGCCGCAGCCAAGAAGGCCGCCAAGAAGGACAAGAAGCAAGCACAGAAGAAGAAGAAGUAG